CAAAAAACUACCGCGAACUUUUUUCUGUCAGGGCAGCUACUAUCGAGGCUGAAUGUAAAACGUUGAUAAAAAGCAACGUUUCCAUUACUUUUCAACAGCCUUCGUGGUUCUAUUUCCGUUUUUUUUGUUUAUCAAACGCGAUCUAAAAAUGGACGAAUACGACGAGCUUUUUGAGAUUGAGGACCAGUUCGAGGAGCAGUUUGCUGACGAGCUGGAAGUGUUAGCUGAGAUGGAAGAAGAAACCUCCAAGCCGGCGAAGCGUCCGAAACAGGACGACAUUUCAGACAUAGAGCACCUUCUGCACGAUCAGCCCAGCACUCCAAAGGCAAAGAGGCAGAAGGGCGAUGCCGGCGUGGCUAAGCGUCUUUUCAACGGAUCACAAACUCAAGAGAGGAAUGUGCCGUCACAGCCUGAUGACAUCACGCCUCCGUCCUCUCCUGAGCAGUAUGAGCCGUCAAAUACCUCCAGGUCUACUGCUGCUGUGUUGGAUAUCAGUGGCUUUGCUGAAAUCCCAGAGACACCCAGGCGAGCCGUCACGCCAACCCCAGCCUCCACACGUGUGCUGAAGCGACCGCCUUUGGAGGGAGAGUUUAUCACUGUGACGGAUUCGUCUGGGAAUCGGGUCUACCUCCGACAGAAGGAAGAGACGGAUACAAAGACUGCAGACUCGAGGAUAGUGCCAAACUCCUCUGGUGGACUGGGACUGCUCGCGUUGCCAAUAAGAGUCCUGAGAGAGCAGGAGGCAGAGAGGCGCCACCAGCAGGUUGUUGAGGAAUCACAGCGUCUCUCUGAGCUGCUGGUCAGCACUGUGAACGAGGUGUUUGCCGAGUCUGAAAACCCAGAGGACGAGGAGAACGAGGACCCUGGAGACGCAGAGGGACGCACAUCCCGACUGUGGGUGGACAGAUUCUCACCGCGUCACUACACGGAGCUUCUCAGCGACGACUUCACCAACCGCUGUCUGCUGAAGUGGCUGAAGCUGUGGGACACCGUGGUGUUCGGCAGAGAGAAGAAGUCCCGCCCCGCGCGCUCCGACAGACAGGCGGCCAAUCAGAACUCCUUCAAAUCCAACCAGGGCGGUCAGAAUCAGAACCGCUUCAAGAGCAAAGUCGAGAUGAUUGAGGAGAUCCUGGAGGCUGAACUGGACCAGCACAAACGACCCAAACACAAGGUGGCGUUACUCUCAGGUCCCCCCGGUUUAGGGAAGACCACGUUGGCUCACGUCAUAGCAAAGCAUGCUGGGUACAACGUGGUGGAAAUCAACGCCAGCGAUGAUCGCAGCGCAGAGGUCUUCCAGAAACGCAUCGACACGGCGACUCAGAUGAAAUCCGUUUUAGGAGCCAACGAGAGGCCGAACUGCUUGAUUAUUGACGAGAUCGACGGAGCGCCCGCGGCCGCCAUCAACAUACUGUUAUCGGUGCUGAACAGGAAAGACGGACACGGUGGGGAGACCGGCACGGAGGCAGCAAAGAAGAAGAAGAAGAAGGAGUCUAUACUGCUUCGUCCAAUCAUCUGCAUCUGUAACGACCUCUAUGUUCCUGCUCUCAGAUCUCUCAGGCAACAGGCUUUUCUUCUGGCUUUCCCUCAAACUCAACCUUCCCGCCUCACUCAGAGAUUGGCAGAGAUCUCCACGCGGCAGGGCCUGAAGGCGGACGCAGGCGCUUUGAUGUCUUUGUGUGAGAAGACCGAUAACGACAUCCGCUCCUGCAUCAACACGCUACAGUUCCUGCACGGUCGUGGCCUGAAGCAGCUGGACUCCAGGACCAUUCAGAGGGUCUCCGUCGGGCAGAAGGACCAGAAUAAAGGCUUGUUCUACCUGUGGCAGGAGAUCUUCCAGUUGCCACGUACAAAACGAAAACGUAUCGGCGAAGCCUUUGAGGAGGCCCCGGGCUCAGGAGGCGGGUUCCAGCGGUUCCAGCACAUCCUGCACCUCGCUUCAUCAAGUGGAGAAUAUGAAAAGGUCUCUCAGGGCCUCUAUGAGAACUAUUUGUCCAUGCGAGUGAGGGACCCCAACCUGCAGAGCGUGUGCGAGGCUCUGGAUUGGCUGACGUUCUCCGACAGGCUGACCCAAACGAUUCUGCACGGGCAGAACUUCACGCUGAUGAGAUACCUGCCCUUCCUGUCGGUGACGUUCCACUUCCUGUUCGCCCACACCCACGUGCCCCGCAUCAGCUACCCUCACAGCCAACACGAGGCCUCGACGCGGCUCCUCAGCAGCGGGAACGCUUUGUCCACCAUGUUGGCUGACAUCCCUGCGGGCAUCAGAGCGAGGAUCGGCCAGCUGAGCCUGACUCUUGACGUUCUCACGCUGCUUCUUGACAUCAUCUGCCCGAAGCUACGACCUGUGAAUCCGCAGCUGUUCAGCAGCAGGGAGAAGGAACAGAUGCGCGAGCUGAUCAACACCAUGCUGGCCUACAACCUCGCGUACAGGCAGGACCGCACACCUGAGGGGCAGUACACCUACGUGCUGGAGCCGCGCGUCGAGGACGUGGCGAGGUUUCCGGGCUUGCCGCCGCGUCGGCAGCUGACGUAUCAGGCCAAACAGACCAUCAGCAGAGAGAUGGAGCAGGAGAGGAUGAGGAGAGCUGAGCAGACGAUGCUGCAGAGGAACCCUGUGGCGAAAGAGGAAGAAAAAAAGAGUGCUGUUCCAAAACAAAGCAGGAACCAUCAGCAGAGGUUGGAGAACAUUGUGAAACAGGCCAUAGUGGAGACCAGGCCAGAGGUGGAUUUCUUCGGCCGAGCCGUCGCCCCCAAAUCUCAGAAGUCAGAGCAGUCUUCAGACUCAGGCGAGAAGUGCGCCGUCCUGGCGAUGGGAACGGCCGUGGGCAACAGCGACGUGUGGUUCCGGUUCAACGAGGGCAUGUCCAACGCGGUCAGACGCAACAUUUACAUCAGAGAGCUGCUAUAGCGCACCUGCUGCACAAAUGGAUUCGACAUGGACGCGCUCCGUUAAUUCAAAACAGUCUUUAUUUGGAUCGACGGUGCAAAGAGCCAAUAAAAAGGACAUUGCUUUGAACCCAAAGGAAAGAUGCUCAGUGUUGGACCACACACCCCGACACACACGGCAAGCAACAGCAUUCAGGAAAGUCCAAAAUAAAUAAACAUAAAAGCAACAA